AUGUCGUCACCAUCAUCUCCUCCUUCAAAAUCUUUAAUAUCUCCCUCUCCUUCCCCCUCUCUUCCCCCCUUCUCAGACAUAAUUACUUUGAAUGUAAGUGGUGUUAAGUAUAAAACAUAUCGAUCAACAUUAACAGCGUAUCCUGAGACGUUGCUCGGUACAAUGUUUCAAGAAAGAAAUAAAGAAUUACUAAAUCCAAUUAAUAGUGAUAAUGAAAACAAUGAAUAUUUUAUUGAUCGUAAUGGUAAAGCUUUUCAUUAUGUAUUAGAGUAUUAUCGUAAUGGUGAAAUAUUAAGAGAAUUUGAUUAUUUCCAAAUUCCAAUUCCCAACACUAUACAAAAUGCAUAUGGAAAUCAAAUUGCUUUAAUCACAUUGAACCAAUUCAUCAAAGCAAUGGAAAACAUUAUAAAAUUACAUAUAAUUAAUUUCAGAUCAUAUUUUGGAUUAAAAGUUAUUUCAAAUGGUGAAAUAAUUUAUAUACAAAAAGAACAACAAAGUGAACCUUUACUGCCAAUCGACGAAUUGUUACCAUUCAAAAAUUCUAUUUACAAAAUUUUGUCGACAGCUGAAUAUCAAAUUAAAAAUUAUUUUGAAAAGUUAUUUAAAGAUAUCAAAUUAUCCUGGAUAAACCAUCAAACUGUUACUGGUAUUCGGUAG